AAUAAGACGUCGCGCGAUUGUAUAGACUUCAGCUUACGUCGUCAUCGUAUUUCGGUCCAGUCAAAAAUAUCAGCGAUUAUUUGUACAGAAAUGUGUGACCGCUAAAUUAAUCGAGUUCGUCGAGAUUACUUAUUAUCCAACUGUAGCUUCAACUAAAAUAAUUAUCAUAAUUACAAUCAAAAUUCUACCUGCACGAAAUGCUCGACAUUGAAAAAACGAAUUUAUGCCCAGCGGAAUCGUUCGUCGCGCGCAUUAUAAUUACGUCAUUAAACGCGAUACUUCAUUAUGCGCUCUACAGAGCGACCGUCGCGUCGAUCGUGAUAGCGAAGGAAUGGGUCGCCUGGAUUUUCCGAAAAAUAUGGAAAUUUAACCUGUCGCAACCUAUCCACCACUGACACUUUAUCCCACCCCAUGGAUUUAUCCCUGUCUUGCCCCGAAUAGACAACGCUCUCCGCUUCGAAAUAUUCUGAAAUUCCUAGUAGAUUUUGCGACUCGUCCUGAAAAUUAUCCCAGAGGAACCUUCGCGUAAGAUCGUAAAUGCAAAAUGUCGAAUUCACCGAAAAUCUCUGUUGGUCUAACGCAUCGAGACUUUAACUGCCCCAAUGCGAAACCUUCGAAAUCAUCCUCACCACCGAUGGAUACCACCGAUGUUCGACCGUAUCUUCUUAGACCCGAUCCAGAGGAUUGUAAAUGCGACGUUCAUGGCCUCGGAAUUGGGAAAGUCAGGUAUCGACAGUUGGCGGAUAAGGAACGUCGACUUUGCGACGAGCUAAUUAAGGUCAAGCGUGAAAUGACGGAUCUCACGUCAGCGAUGUUAGAUAGCGGUUGCGACACGGAUGAGACAAUGAAAAGCAUUUACAAAACGGAUUAUAAGAAGAGGGGUCUACCCGUCACGCAAUACAGACCAUUAAUGGCAGCGGUAGAUUCGCCGAUUGGAUUACCCAUUAUACCGACAGUUAUCGAUUUAAAAGACGCUUACAAAGAUCCAGUUAGAUUUAGAACCUCGGCUAUGGAGGGCUUAACAAUUCGACCUGGCAAAACGAUAAAUCUCUUAAACGAUAAGAAGGUUCCAGAAAUGUGUUCUUUCUGGAGUGAGAUAUUUACAGGCUGCUCCGAGUAUAUGGAUACCAUUAGCAAAGUGGGUUUAAUUAAUAUGAAAAAUCAGCAGCAAUAUUUGGCGCCUUUCCCGAUGUUGAGAAAAUUUAACAAUUGCAAUUCUCUCAUUAAAAGUAAUAUAUAAAAAUAUAUAAUUCAAUUCACAUGCAUAUAUAAAAAUUAUUAAUAACAUAUUGUAAUAAAAAAUAAUAAUUGCAAAUUGUGG